CCCCGCGCCCUGCCUCACCCGCUGGGGUAAAGCCGGGACUCUGAGCCGGCCACGUCGUAGUGCAGCGGAGUCGGGGAAGCCAGCCGCCGUUAACGUCCCCGCCUGCGGGAUGCGGAGAUAGGGAGCAGUUGCGACGUUCUCCUGCUGCAGCACCGCUGGCGCGGCGCGGCGCAGUGCGGCGCGGUGAGGGCCUGGCGGCACCACAGCGGUGAGGAACCCCGUGGGGCGGUGGGGCCAUGGCGCUGCGGGCCCGGGCGCUGUACGACUUCAGGUCGGAGAACCCUGGGGAAAUCUCGCUCCAGGAGCACGAGGUGCUGAGCCUCUGCAGCGAGCAGGACAUCGAGGGCUGGCUGGAGGGCGUCAACAGCCGCGGCGACCGCGGCCUCUUCCCGGCCUCUUACGUCCGAGUGAUCCGCGCCCCGGCCACUGAGCUGUCGCUGCCCACCAGCUACGCCAACCUCCCCGCCGGCGGCUUUGACCCGCUGGUGCCCAUCGCCGCCCUCAAACCGACGACACAGCAGGCCCCGCCGGAGGCGGUUACCGAGCCCUUCUCGCUGCCUCCCACCGCUGGGUACCCCUUCCCGCUGGCGCCCUACGGCGGCUCCUACCAGCCCAGCCAGGGCAGCGAUGACGACUGGGAUGACGACUGGGACGAAAGCUCCACAGUGGCUGAUGAGCUGGGUGCCCUUAGCAGCUCCUACCCUGACUAUGAGGUGGUGGGUGGCCGGGCCUCUGGCCACUACUGCCUGUCCACAUGGUCUGAGCUGCCCCUGAGCUCCCGCAGUGGCCACCUGGCAGGCCACCCACACCCACCCAGCAGUAGUGUCAAGAGCUCGGCCACAGUGAGCCGCAACCUCAACCGCUUCUCCACUUUCGUUAAGUCUGGUGGGGAAGCCUUUGUGCUGGGCGAGACAUCAGGCUUUGUGAAGGACGGGGACAAGCUGUAUGUGGUGCUGGGCCCCCAGGGUGCUGAGUGGCAGGAGAACCCCUACCCUUUCCAGUGCUCCAUCGAGGACCCCACCAAGCAGACCAAGUUCAAGGGCAUGAAGAGCUACAUUGCCUACAAGCUGGUGCCCAGCCAUACUGGGCAGCAGGUGUACCGCCGCUACAAGCAUUUUGACUGGCUCUAUGGGCGCCUGGCUGAGAAAUUCCCUGUCAUCUCCGUGCCCCACUUGCCGGAGAAGCAGGCUACUGGCCGCUUUGAGGAGGACUUCAUCUCCAAACGUCGCAAAGGCCUGGCCUGGUGGAUGGACCACAUGUGCAGCCACCCCAUGCUGGCUCAGUGCAAUGCCUUCCAGCACUUCCUCACCUGUCCCAGCACAGAUGAGAAGGCCUGGAAACAAGGCAAGCGCAAGGCUGAGAAAGACGAGAUGGUGGGUGCCAACUUCUUCUUGACCAUCAGUGUCCCCACUGGCCCUGGAGCCAGUCUGGACUUGCAGGAGGUGGAAAGCCAGGUGGAUGGCUUCAAAGCCUUCACAAAGAAGAUGGAUGAGAGUACCCUGCAGCUUAAUCACACAGCCAACGAGUUUGCCCGCAAACAAGUCACUGGUUUCAAGAAGGAAUACCAGAAGGUGGGGCACUCCUUUAAGGGCCUCAGUCAGGCAUUUGAGCUGGACCAGCAAGCCUUUUCAGCUGGCCUCAACCAAGCCAUAGCCUUCACUGCAGAAGCCUAUGAUGCCAUCGCGGACCUCUUUGCAGAUCAGCCCCGGCAGGACCUAGAUGCUGUUAUGGAUUUGUUAGCACUGUAUCAAGGGCAUUUGGCCAACUUUCCAGACAUCAUCCAUGUCCAGAAAGGGUCCUGAUGAACACCAAACAGCCUGGAGCAGAAGUGUGUCCCAGACUGCACUGAAGCCAAUACACAAGCUGCUUUAGUGAGCUGCAGAAAAAGAAUGUUUGGGACUACAUUCAAGGAGGCACUUAGGCACCCGAUUCCCAAAAUUAUGUACUUAAAAUGCCUUCAUAAGUCACUGCUUAGUCCUGGAAGUGCUUAAUUCCUUAGCCACCUACCUUUUCAGGUUUAAGUUCUUGGGGCUGCUGCAGAUGCUCAAGGUUUCCCAAGUCCUUGUAGGGUCACAGAAUCACAGAAUCAUGGAAUUGCUAGAGUUGGAAGGGACCUCUAAAGAUCAUCUAGUCCAACUUCCCCACUGAAGUAGGAUAACCUAGAGCACUUUACACAGGACUGCAUCCAGGCAGGUUUUGAAUAUCUCCAGAGAUGAAGACUCCACAACCUCCCUGGGCAUCCUGUUCCAGUGCUCCAUCACCCUCACUGUAAAGAAGUUUUUCCUCAUAUUUAAAUAGAACUUCCUAUGUUCCAACUUGUACCUGUUGUACUUUGUUCAGACACUGGGAGCUACUGAGAAGAGCCUGUCUCCAUCUUCCUUGCACCCACCCUUUAGAUACUUGUAUACAUUGAUAAGGUCUCCCCUCAGCCUUCUCUUCUCCAGGCUAAAGAGUCCCAGCUCCUUCAGCCUUUCCUCAUAAGAGAGAUGCUCCAAUCCCCCUAUCAUCUUUGUCACCCUCCUCUGGACUCUCUCCAGUAGCUCCCUGUCUCUCUUGAACUGUGGAGCCCAGAACUGGAUGCAGUAUUCCAGAUGUGGCCUCACCAGGGCAGAGUAGAGGGGGGAAAUGACCUCCCUUGACCUACUGGCCACACUCUUCUUUAUGCAACCCAGGAUUCCAUUGGCCUUCUUGGCAGCAAGGGCACACUGCUGGCUCACGGAUAAUUUACUGUCUAUCAGGACUCCAAGAUCCUUCUCCUCCAAACUACUUUCCAGCAGAUCCACCCCUAACCUAUAUUGGUGCUUGGGGUUCUUUCUUCCCAGGUGCAGGACCCUACACUUGCUCUUAUUGAACCUCAUGAGGUUCUUCUCUGCCCAACUCUCCAGCCUGUCCAGGUCACGCUGAAUGGCAGCACAAGCCUCUGGAGUGUCAGCCACCCCUCCCUGUUUUGUGUCAUCAGCAAACUUGCUGAAGAUACACUCUGUCCCCUCGUCCAGAUCAUUGAUGAACACGUUGAACUAAACUGGACAUCACUGGUUACUGGCCUCCAACUCGACCCUGAUCCGUUGAUCACCACCCUCUGAGUUCUGUCAUACAGCCAGCUCUCAAUCCACCUCACUGUCCACUCAUCAAGCCCACUCUUCCUGAGUUUCCUAACGAGGAUGUUAUGGGAGAAAGUAUCAAAAGCCUUGCUGAAGUCAAGGUAGAUAACAUCCACUGCUGUCCCCUCAUCUAGCCAGCCAGUAAUGAUGUCAUAGAAGUCAGUCACCCUUUGGUGAAUCCAUGCUGACUUCUACCAAUUACUUUCUUUGUUUUCACAUGUUUUGAGAUGACACCUGGAAUGAUUUGUUCCAACGCCUUACUGGGAAUGGAGGCGAGACUAACUGGUCUCUAGUUCCCUGGGUCCACCUUCUUGCCCUUCUUGAAGACUGGAGUGACAUUAGCCCUCCUCCAGUCCUCAGGCACCUCUCCUGUUCUCCAUGACCUCUCAAAGAUGAUGGAGAGUGGCCUAGCAAUAACAUCUGCCAGCUCUCUCAGAACUCGUGGAUGCAUCCCAUCAGGGACCAUGGAUUUAUGGAUGUUCAGUUUGGCUAAGUGGCCUCUAACCUGGUCCUCCUCUACCGAGGGAAAGUCUUCCUUUCUCCAGACCUCAUCUCUUCUCUCCAGGGUCUGGGAUUUAAGAGGGCUGGCUUUUGCAGUGAAGACUGAAGCAAAGAAGGCAUUCAAUAACUCCGCCUUCCCUGUGUCAUCAGUCACAAGGGCACCUGCCUCAUUCGUCAGCAGGCCUACAUUUCCCCUAUUCUUCCUUUUUUUAUUGAUGUACUGGAAUGUCACCGUUUGACUCAGGUCCGACAACAAUGCUCUCGAUCCCCUCCCCCCCCCACCCAGUCAGGGAAGGAGAGAGAGAAAAGGAGAGAGACUUGGCUGGAUUGAAAACUAAACUACACAGCUUUAAUUAAAACACUAAUGAAUCACACAAGAAAAUAUAUACAAUUAUAUACAGAUAUAUUCAGAUAUGGGCAAAAGCCUCUCGCCUCCCCCCACCCCCAGCAACUCCCACAGC